AGAUUAAUAGAGAAGAAAGAUCAUCUAAAACUACCACAUUAAGCGCUAGCUUGCUCACCUUUGAAGGCCUAAUUUAUGCUCUUCAGGACAACUGGAUGUUAUCUGGGCUGGGUUAUAACUAUGGAAUGGAUUUGGAAGCCCUCAAGACAGCAGCAGUGUUGCAUUUUGAUGGGAGCAUGAAACCGUGGCUCGAGCUUGGUAUUCCCAAGUACAAAAAUUUUUGGAGGAAGUUUCUGAACCCACAGGAUCAAUUUUUGAAUGAUUGUAAUGUGAAUCAGUAGGAGUCAUAUUGCUAUUUGCUUCUGAAAGUUGAGGGGAUGACUAGAAUGCAUGGAUCGAGAACCUGAUUCCCAUUGUGUUAGGUGCUGGAAAGAAGCAAAAAUCAGAGGCGAAGCCCUGGGCAUGAUCAAAUGAUGUGUUGGUCGUAAAAGAAGGAUACUUCUGUCUACUUUUUGCUUGGUGAAAGGUCAGUGCAACAACAGUCAAUCAACUUACACAUGCCUAUCUAUUGGACUGUGCAUGAUGUAAACAGAGAGUUCAGUUCUGCUAACAGGAGGAAGGUGAUACAAGUGGUAUUUUUUCACAUUUUUUCAUGCUUGCUUGUGGAAGGAUUGGCAUUCAUGAAACAAGAAACCCGGGUGAAAACUAAUUGUUCUAUGCCCGUUGAGCUAAAAUUACUUUUCGUUAUUGUGUAAUGUGGCAUCCGAGUCUCGCACGACAGUCCUAUUUUGUUUCUUUCCCAAGUCUGGCAGCAAAAACAUAAUUAUUGAUUCUCUGAAAUCUCGUAUUAAAGUACAGAUACUUUUAUUUAAUAUGGCAGAUAUAUGAAUAUAUGCGCAUAUAUAUGUUUAUUUACAUGA